CUCGUUUUGUUUACUUUUUUGCGCAUGUAAUAUAAUAAUGCAGUAAAGUUUUUUUACACAGCUUACAGUUCUUCUCUCCAAAUAUUCAUUUUGUUUAAACUCGUGGAAAUUUUUAAAAGAUUCCCAAAUGAUGGAGGAAAAUGUCCCGAAGAACUGGGAAAUUGUUUACAAUGAGAUUAAGGAAAUGAAGAAACACGUAGUUGCUCCUGUCGAUGAGCAAGGUUCACAUACAUUAGGUGAUAAAAGAACCCCGGAAGUGUUUCGAUUUCAAACUCUUGUAGCUUUAAUGCUGUCGAGCCAAACAAAAGAUACAGUGCUUGGGCCAACCAUGAAGUGCCUGAAGGAGAAUUUGCCGAAAGGACUGUGCCUUCAGGAUAUUAGAGAAAUUGAUGAGGUUUCAUUAAACAAGCUCAUUGAAAAAGUAGGAUUUCAUAAUAGAAAAACAACUUAUUUAAAAAAGAUGGCGCAAAUUCUGGAAGAAAAAUACGGAGGUGAUAUUCCACAAACCGUCGAAGAGUUGAUGUCUAUCCCCGGUGUAGGUCCCAAGAUGGGAUACCUAUGCAUGGGUAUUGCUUGGAAAAAAAAUGUCGGGAUUGGAGUUGAUGUACAUGUGCACCGCAUCUCAAAUAUUCUGGGUUGGUGCCAUACGAAAACGGAAGAGCAAACUCGAUUAGCACUACAAAGUUUCUUACCAAAAGAUUUAUGGCAGGAAGUGAAUUAUAUGCUUGUUGGUUUUGGUCAAACGAUUUGCCUUCCAAGAGGGAGACGAUGCAAUGAUUGCACACUUGCUUCCAAAGGAUUGUGCCCAAGUGCAUUCCAAGAGAAAAGCCUUGUCAAAGCAAAGCGCUUACAGACUGCAAAAAAGGUGAAACGUUCUCCUUCUGCUUCUCCAGAAAUUGAUGUGGUCCAAGACCAACAGACUGUCUACGAAGAGAUCCCUACUGGCAUGAAUGAACUUCCCCCUAAUGCUCUACCAGGAAAAAAAAUCAAGUUAGAAACUCCUCUAGAGGAUAAUGAACAAAAAGUAAUAAUGGAGGAUAACUAUACGAAGAAUACAGCUCAGCCGCGAAGGCGGUCUCGUAGAACGGCUGCUGCUGCCUCUGAAUAUUUUUCUCGUCAGCAUCUUCAUGAUAUUGAAGAUUUGGUAUAAAAAUGUAUGUCUUUUUGUUUAUACUUCUAAAUUAUUAUUUAACUACUAAUAUUAAUUAUUUUUUUUUUGUUCCUUA